UUCCCGUGUGUGUGUGCGUGCGUGUGUGUGCGCGUGUGGGGUGCGUGAGUGCCGUGGGUCUCCGUGUCAGCCCAGACUGCCUCCGCCCCCGUCUGCGUGCGCGUGUUUGUAGGAGGGGAGUGCGUGCGUGCGUGCGAAGCUCAUAGCAGCAGCGGUGGCGACGGAGGUAGCUACCCGUUCAGAGUGUUGUCGUUGUUAUUGUUCCUGUUUUUGUUGUUGUUGUUCCAAAGCUCACUUGGAUAGACAGACUUUGCUGGCCUUUAUGGAGCGGUGCGAGAGAUCUUUUAAGGCUGUGAUGAAACUGGUUUCUUUGUGAGUGCGGUUCGUCCGUCCGUCUAUACGUGCGUGUGUGUGCGUAUACACUUGCACACACACACUUGUGUGUGUGCGUAUACACUCGCACGCACACGUACCCACGUGUACACUUGCACACGCACGCACGUGUGUGCGUUGUUUCUUUCCUGGCACGCGCUGUGCCCAUCCAUCGAUGGAGUGCCACGUGAAAAAGACCAAAGACACGACGACUGGCCCCCCCACGGUGACCGCCAGCCCUGGGGAAGGAGCCACUUACGCCAUCACGUGCGGGGAAUGGAACGCGCGGCUCAUCUGGUGCAAGUUCGUGUGCCCCGGCAUCAACGUGAAAUGCGUUCAGGUUAAGGAGGAGCUCAUCACCCCCAAGGAGUUCGUGUGUCUGGCCGGGCGCGCGAGCCUCAAGGACUGGAAGAGGGCCAUCCGCCUCGGAGGGGUCAUGCUCAGGAAGGUGAUGGAUGCCGGACGGCUGGACUUCUACCAGCACGACACCGCCUGCUCCUCCAGCUGCCGCAGCACCAAGCAUGAGCCCCGUGGCCUGGGCGGCCCCGGGGGGGGCGCCGCCACCGCUGCCGCCGCCGCGUCCCUGUGGCCCGGUGGAGGGCGGCCCUCCGGCUGGCCGGGCAGCUUCUUGAAGGGCGACCGCCGCUACGUCGUGAGCGGCUGCGGGCAGCACCAGCGCAGGGGCGUCAUCAAGCAGCGCGCGAGCAAAGCGGGCGAGGACGCUACGGCCCUCAACGUCGGUGGCCACAAGCAGCAACAGCAGCAGCAGCAGCAACAGCAGCUGCAGCAGCUGCAGCAGCUGCAGCAGCAGCAUCAGGAGCAGCAGCAGGCGGGUGCGGCGCAGCGGCUGGCGUACAGCAACGGGCACGGCAGCCUGAGCGACGCCGUGAAGCGCGAGUGGUCGGAGGAGAGCAGGCGAGCGAACGCGAUGGGCGAGGGAGCGGGCCGGGCGGCCGGGCGGCCGGGGCACGACGGCUCGCUGAGGGCGAGGGAGGCCGUCAAACGGAGCGGGGAGGCCUUGGUGGGUGGUGGCGGCAACAAAAGGGGACGCUUCGGCGUGGGUACGGCGACGGCCGCGGCCGCGAUGAUGAACGGGCAAGCGGCGGGGAUGCACGCCGGGGAGGAGCGGGCACAGAAGCUCACGAUGGCCGCCAGAGCGGACCGGGCCGACCAGAGCUGCUCCCCCGAAUCCGAACAGGACAGCGACUUGCCAGACCACGUGCUGCGGUUCUGGCGAGGCGUGGCGAGGGCCGGGCUGCUCGGCGAGGUGGUGGGCGCCGUCCAGAGGGAGCUGCAGGCCCGGCUCACCGGACUGUGCCGACUCGCUCAGACACCCGCCCUGCAGAUGGCUGACGCCGCCCUCCUGCACGGCACGGUCCAGAGCCUCGGCCUCUCGGGCCAGGUGGACCGGAUGCUGGCGAUCAACACGCACGGGGCGACCACGGCUCGCCGCGCGGACGUCACGACGCACGGACACGGCGCGGCCGACGGUGUGACGUCGUGCGAGAAGCUGGAGGGGGCGGUGGCCGACACCAACGCCGCCGCGUCGGCAACCGCCGGGCGGCACGGAGCGGCAGCGAACACGGCGCUCGCGACGCGACUCUUCACUCAGCCAGUGUGACUCCCCCACCACUCCCAUCACUCUGUGAUCCACCGACCCUCCGCCGCCGGGCGGCACGGAGCGGCAGCGAACACGGCGCUCGCGACGCGACUCUUCACUCAGCCAGUGUGACUCCCCCACCACUCCCAUCACUCUGUGAUCCACCGACCCUCCGCCGCCGGGCGGCACGGAGCGGCAGCGAACACGGCGCUCGCGACGCGACUCUUCACUCAGCCAGUGUGACUCCCCCACCACUCCCAUCACUCUGUGAUCCACCGACCCUCCGCCGCCGGGCGGCACGGAGCGGCAGCGAACGCGGCGCUCGCGACGCGACUCUUCACUCGGCCAGUGUGACUCCCCCACCACUCCCAACCAUCAAUCCGUGCUCCACCAACGCUGGUGAAUCGUGAACCCCACACAACAGGGCGUCUCGCUCGCGUUCGCUCGCCCACUGACCCAUCCACCUAUCGGCUCCUCCAGCUGCCUCCACCAGUCCAGCUGUCAGAGCACGGGACGAGCAUCUGACUCCACAAUGAGUAAAAGCAAAAACAGUCGAAGUGGUUUGCUGAUUAAAUUAGAAGCGGAUAUAACGAUUCACGGAUCUUUACGCUCACAAUACUGGCAUCAAAUAGCGUGGGUAAUAAGCGAUUUUUUUCCAAUUCAUCAUACACGUUCAUUGUGUCCAUCAGGAUCAGAAUCUUUAUUUAUCCUGGAGGAAUCCGAUGAGCUAUGAAGCUAUUUUUCACAUGUCCAGUCUAUUCCGCGACAGAGGAAAUAGAUUCACGCACCUUCACAUUUACACUGUGAACUCGAAUCGCGUCGUGAUCCUGAAUCGGAACAAUCAAUUUCAUUGUGGAAAGGGUUUAUCGCUACAUCCGUAUCAUCUCCCCUUCACAACACUGCGGCAGUUGCGGAAAUUCCACCCUCCUAUGGCAGGCACUCGGUGGACCUUUACGACAACCACUUUGCGACGGCUCACAAAGUCGCACUUCGUUCGCUCACCUUGGCCGGUCGCAUCGGACCGAGUUCAUCUCCAACCAGGAGUGUGAGUUGCGCGCUCUAAACCACCAUGGGAGGAGCCGCGUGAGCCAGAACGGGUGUGAGAGCUCAUGCCCUGGGGGAAUUAACCUGGGUUCGCAUUCCGGGUUUGCCAGCCCAGGUUGAACUUCACUAUGGGAACCUCAUUUGUCAGUAAAAAUAUGAUAAUUGUUUUUUUUUUACCCUUCUAUCUGGCAACAAAACUGACACCUUUUUACAAGGAGUCAUGUUUGCAUAGACCACAAUA